AUGAAGUUAUCUGGACCAGUGACGCCCGUCACAUAUCGUUGGACAAAUGGAAUCACACACAGAGAUGAAGAUUCGAUGAUACUCUCGCUUCAAAUAUCCGGCCCGAGUGAGCAAUCGUCUUGGUAUCAGCUCAACAACAUGCGGACAAUCAAAGGCAUAAAUCUACCGCAAAUAAAUCUGGAUUUAGACAAGAUACAACGCUUGUAUCCGAUGGUAGACGACGACAAACUAGAAGCUAUACAAGGUGCAGUGCCGCAGAUACUAAUUGGAUCCAACAACGCUGGCCUCAUCGUACCUUUAAAAACUAUCCAAUACACACUACAAGGACUACAACUGACACGUUGUCAUCUAGGCUGGACAAUUCAUGGUGAAAUCGAACCGAAAGAAGCUGAUACCUCUGAACAGAUCCACAUCCUCAUGAGCUCAGAGACAACUGAUAUGGAUCUAACAAACUUGGUCAAACAGAUGUUCAAGGUGGAGGAUUUCGGAAUUACACGUCAAGAUCCAAAAAUGUCAGAGGAAGAUGAACGCGCUCUGGAUAUAAUGAACCGGACCCUGAAACGUCGUGGCAAUCAUUUUGAAGUGGGACAGCUGUACAAGUACAACAACUUCACUUUUCCAGACAGUAAGCCGCAAGCCCUACGUCGCCUGCAGUGUAUGGAAAAGAAGAUGGACACUGAUUCACAAUUCGCCGACAAGUACUGCCAGAAGAUACAAGAGUAUUUGGAUAAAGGAUAUGCUCGGAAACUGGACCCGGCUGAACUAGGAGAGACUGCCAAUACUUGGUAUCUCCCUCACUUUUGCGUAACCAAUGCUAACAAGUUCAGGUUAGUCAUGGACGCAAAAGCGAAAUCACACGGAUUCUCACUAAACGAUCUGUUGUUGAAAGGUCCAGACUUCGUUCCAUCGUUGGUUUCUGUGUUGAUGCGAGGACGCAGAAAGAAAAUUGCAUUCAUGGCGGACAUUAAAGAAAUGUUCCACCAGGUUCACAUACGUGCAGCAGAUCAGAACUCCCAAAGAUUCUUCUGGCGUGGUAUGAACCGAACACACACCCCUGAUGUAUAUGUGAUGAACGUGAUGAUCUUCGGAGCGGUGUCGUCUCCAUCAAUAGCACAAUAUAUUAAGAAUUUCAACGCCAAGGAGAUAGAAGAGCAACUGCCUGGAGUGGAACGCGCCAUUGUGGAACAACAUUACGUGGAUGAUUUCUUCGAUUGUGCGGAUUCAGAAGAGGAUGCAGUCGAGCUUAUCCACCGAGUAAUUACUGUACAUGAGGAAGGAGGUUUCAAGUUGGUGAAGUUUCGAUCAAAUUCCGAAGCGGUGAUUCAGUCCAUUAACUCAUCGCUCUGUGCAGACAUCGAUGAUGAACAAACGUGUGCAAAAAUACUUGGAUUGAACUGGGAUUUAACAUCCGAUGAAUUCGUUUUCUCGAUGGAGUUUCCUCAAUUGGACAAAUCCUUCCGGUCUGGUGAAGUAAUCCCUACGAAGCGUCAACUGCUCAAGUUCAUGAUGAGUAUAUUCGAUCCUUUGAAUAUUUUGAGCCCGAUCACCGUCCAGCUGAGGAUUAUUUUCCAGGAACUUUGGCGUCUACAGAUCGGUUGGGAUGACCUGUUGCCUGACGGUCUGGUACCAAAGUGGAAGGAGUGGCUGGUAGAAACAGCAAAGCUGCAUGAAGUUCGGAUUCCAAGGUAUUACUUCCCAGGACUUGCAACUUUCGGCAGUGCUGACCUUCACGCAUUCUGCGAUGCAAGCGAUAAAGCCUUUGCUUGUGUAGUCUACUUAGUUCAUCGGUGUGGUGAGAAAUCAAAUGUGUCCCUCGUGAUGGCGAAAGCUAAAGUGGCGCCUUUGAAGUCGCAGACCAUCCCGCGAUUGGAGCUACAAGGAUGUGUGCUAGCCAGUCAGAUGGUACGAACAAUACAGGAUGAGCUUAAGAUUGAAGUAACGUCAUGUCACUUCUGGACCGAUUCCAAAAUUUGCCUUGCCUGGCUCAGUACUACUGAGAAACAAACGGCAUACAUUGGAUCAAGGGUGACCAAAAUCAAGGACAAUGGACACUACACGAGCAUGUGGCACUGGAUUCCUUCUAAUUUAAACGUUGCUGAUUUGGGAACAAAAUCUUCCAAGUUUCCGGCGAUCGAGGAUUGGAUCAAAGGUCCUGAUUUCCUUUAUCAGUCCCGUAACAUGUGGCCGCUGGAGAAUGACCUCGCCUUGUCAGAUGAAGAAUCCGUGAACUUCCAUACAGGUUUGGAUAGCUGUCGCGCAGAAAACGUCAUGUGCUUCCAAACGCUAGCUGAAGAAGUACAGGUUUUGCCGGACAUCAAACGUUUUUCCGACUAUCAUCGUCUGAUUCGUUCCACAGCUUAUUACCUGAAAAUGAGGAAGAUUUUAGCCAUGUCUAAAAAAGAGAAACCUAAGCAGUUCAGGAUUGAUGUACACGAUAUGAUGGAGGCUAAAGAUGCUUGGUAUAAAAAGGUACAACUAGAUGAAUUUGAAACGGACAUAGCUGAUUUGAAAACGAAGGGUUUCGUGAAGAAAACUAGUAGGCUGCAUGGAUAUUCUCCCUUCCUACACAAUGGAAUAAUAAGGAUGAGAGGACGAAUUCAAUGCGCGAAUACAGCUUUUGAAGUCAAUAAUCCUGUGAUUUUGCCUGACAAUCACGAUUUCACAAAUUUGUUGAUUACAAUGUACCACAUUGCAAAUUGCCAUCAGGGAUUGGAAACAGUGGUCAACAAUCUACGGCAGCGGUACCGCAUAUUAAAAAUGAAGUCACAAGUGAAGAAGAUGACACGGGGAUGCAUUAAAUGCCGUGAGCUUCGUGCCAAACCAUGCGUGGCACAAAUGGGGAACCUACCACCUGAACGAACCUCACCUGGUGUAUUUGCAUUCUGUUAUACGGGCAUUGACUAUUGUGGUCCUUUGACGGUGAAGGUGGGCAGACAUCUAGAGAAACGAUGGAUCGUACUAUUCACCUGUAUGACAAGUCGAGCUGUCCACUUGGAGAUCGUACCUUCAUUGGACACAAACAGCUGCAUCAUGGCGAUUCGAUGCUUCAUGUCUCUGCGAGGUGUUCCGAAAAAGUUGUUCACAGACAAUGGAACAAACUUCACUGGAGCUAACAACGAGAUGAAGAAACUGAUAGAGCAACUGGAUCAACGACAAAUGGAGGAAACGUUGAGUGUCAGAGGAGUCGAAUGGUCGUUCAUACCGCCCGGAGCCCCUCACUUUGGCGGAUGUUGGGAACGCUUAGUGCGUUCUGUAAAAUCAGCGCUACGAGUCAUGCUGAAGGAGAGACACCCAUCAGACCUAGUUCUUCGAACUACACUGUGCGAAGUAAUGAAUGUCGUGAACAAUCGUCCAUUGAUUCAUACUUCAGAAGACCCCCAUGAGCCAGAGCCUCUGACUCCAAAUAUGCUUCUACUGGGGCGCAGCAAUUAUAUGCAAUAUGAUCAUCAGUUUGACGAGCGGGACCUGGAUUGCAGAGCAGCAUAUAAACAUGCACAAGUGUAUGCAGAUAGGUUCUGGCGAAAAUGGAUUUCUACAUACAGACCAGAGCUUUUGAGGCGGAGUAAAUGGCAUGACGAUCGAAGCUACUACGAAUACAAGUUAGGAGAUGUUGUCAUGAUUGUCGAUGAAAAUAUGCAUCGAGGAUCUUGGCCAAAAGGACUCAUUGAAAAGGUUUUCCAUGGUCCUGAUGGCAAAGUUAGGACAGCAGUAAUACGAACAACUUUAUCAACUUACACAAGACCGAUAAGCAAGAUCAUACUGUUGCAGUCCAGUUCUACUCUGGGUCGGGAGGAUGUUGGAAACACCGAUUCAAAUUUGAAUUCGAUCCAAGCAAUCACAUGUUAG